AUGAAUUUCAUGGAGGGGGUCCAGACUCUGGGGCUUGAUGCAAUCAACAAAAUGUCAUCUGAAAAUAAAGGCAUUUGGAGGAGCUCGGGAGCCUGUGAAGAACCCUUCUUCCAUUCCAGCCACCCAAGACGCUCCGUGGCGGAGGACAAGGCAGCCAUCAAGAUCCAGGCCUGGUGGCGGGGGACCCUAGUGCGACGGACCCUGCUGCAUGCGGCCCUCUGCGCCUGGAUCAUCCAGGCCUGGUGGCGGGUAGCUCAUACGCAGUUAUUAGAGCGGCGGCGACGGACAGUGCUGCAGCUCUACACGAGGCAAGAGUGGGCCGCGGUGAAGCUUCAGGCCGUGGUCCGCAUGUGGCGUGUGCGACGGCGUUACCUGAGGGCUCGGGCCGCUGCUUGCCUGAUCCAGAUGCGCUGGCGCAACUGCCUAACCCGUGGGCUCAUGCGUGGCCGUUACCAGGUCAUGGCCGGUGGCCUGGCACUGGACAUGAAGGUCUUAAUUGCCUAGGGCCCGGUCGGUCCUCCCCA